GCGCGACCGAGGCGUCUGCUGUGACAGUCGACCCAGCGGCGUCCGACGCGACCGAUCAUCUCCGCAAAAUGUCUCCGUCCCAGGCUCAGCUGGACGCAACAGCUGUAGAGAACUUUCGCGAGUACCUGCGAAUUCCCUCCGUCCAGCCUAACAUCAAUUACGAUGAGUGCGUUGCAUUCCUACGCAAGCAAGCCAAGUCUCUCGAUUUGCCCGUCAAGGUCUACCAUGUCGACCCGAGGAAGCCCAUCGUGAUUCUCACAUGGACAGGUACGGAACCGUCAAAGGCAGCGAUUCUUCUGAAUAGUCACAUGGACGUCGUGCCUGUGUUCGAAAAUGACUGGACUUAUCCACCAUUCAGCGCUCACAUGGAUGAGAAAGGAAACAUUUAUGCUCGUGGCAGCCAGGACAUGAAGUGCGUAGGAAUACAGUACCUGGAAGCUAUUCGACGGAUGAAACUUGCAGGACAACGAUUUAAAAGGACGAUCCACGUCUCCUUCGUGCCGGACGAGGAAAUCGGUGGCGUUCUUGGCAUGAAGGACUUCGUCCACACCAAAGACUUCCAAGCUCUGAAUGUCGGUUUCGCGUUGGACGAGGGAGUAGCCUCCCCCGAGGAAUUCUUCUGCAUAUUCUACGGAGAAAGAACUAUCUGGCAUGUGAUAGUUGAGUGCGCAGCUCAACCUGGACAUGGAUCCCUUCUGGCAGACAACACGGCUGGCGAAAAGAUGAGAGUCAUAAUUGAUCGCUUCAUGGACUUCAGGGCCAAACAGAAGCUGAAACUGAAAGAUCCGAAGGUCAACCUGGGGGAUGUGACGACUGUGAAUUUGACCAUGUUGAAGGGUGGAGUACAAACGAACGUGUUACCAGCCUCCCUAACCGCGGUCUUCGACAUUCGAAUCGAUCCCUCCAUCGACCAGGAGGAGUUCGAAGCGACGAUAAAGAAGUGGUGCCAAGAAGCUGGCCCGGACGUGACGUACUCGUUCGAAGAGAAAAACGUUAAGAUCGAGAACACGAAGCUGGACGAUUCCAAUCCUUACUGGACCGCUUUCAAAAAGACCUGCGAUGGUCUCGGGUUGAAUUUGACGGCGGAAAUAUUCCCAGGCGGAACGGACAGUCGCUUCGUCCGCGGUGUUGGGAUUCCAGCUAUUGGGUUCUCACCGAUGAACAAAACAAAGAUACUCCUCCACGAUAACGAUGAAUAUUUGAACAAAGAUAUAUUCCUAAAGGGCAUCGAAAUAUACAUGAAAAUAAUCCCUGCUGUGGCCAAUGUCUAAGAGAUUUAAAAAAAAAUACUCCAAGAAUGGCUUCGAUACACCAAAUAUCUACACUAUAAAUAAUUACGAGUACUAAUAACGGAUGGAGAAAAGGCAGAGAGUCGACAAUUUAAAGACAUACUAAUAUAUGCAUAAGUAUAUCGAUACGGCUUUAACGUUACAGACUGUAUAUACUCAAGAUAGAUUUUUAAAAAAUGUUGCAUGAGAUUUAGAGUUUAUCGAGCUUGUUACUGUGCCAGUCACGAGGAAGCUUGUUUUUCCAAGCAAGUAGAAAGAAAAGACUGCUUCGAAAAAAAAAAACAGGAUGCUCUUACAAGCGGAGAGGAGUACGAAGUGGCCCGACCGUAGAGAGGUAUUAGAAAAAUGCAUUUAAUAAGUUUAACCAGUGAAUACUUUAUCAUACUCGUGUCUCGGAAUUCGCCAAAAGUCGUACAAAAGAUAACAGAGAAUUAACGCUUAAAAGGCAGUCGUAGUGAUAGUAAGAUCUAGUGCAAUCGCAGAAUUAUUGUAAAAAACUCUGCAUAUAUACCAUGUAUGUAUGUGUAUAUAUGAUUGUUUUAAAAAAGAGAGAGAGAGAGAAAGAGUAUAUAUUAUGGGAACCACCGCAGGUACCAUGUGAUGCGGUAAUUAUAUAUUUUUAUAAUUCGAUAAAUAUAAUUAGAUACUACAUA